AUGAAGCAUCUAUCACUCAUAGCAACCGCGAUUUCUUCAAUCGGUGGUUUCCUUUUUGGUUAUGACAUUGGUGUCAUAUCCGGUGUUUUAGCUAUGCCAACAUUUCCGACUUUCUUUGGAAUGCAAGGUGAUCCUAACCACAUCGCCAAAAUGAAGGGUGAUGUUGUUUCUUUAUUGCAGGCAGGCUGCUGUGUGGGUGCAUUGUUAAUCAAUUUUAUCGCAGAUCCUUUCGGUCGCAAAUGGUCCAUUGUUCUGAGUUCAUUGGUUUUUAUCGUAGGUUCUAUUUUACAAGUCGUAGCUCAGAACCUCCCCACUAUGAUGGCUGGGCGUUUUAUAGGUGGAAUGGGCGUUGGUGGUUGCUCUAUGUUGGUUCCUAUGUAUAUUGCAGAAAUUGCACCUCGCAAACUAAGAGGCCGAUUGGGAACAUUAUGGCAGUUUUUGAUUGUUUUGGGCAUUAUGAUGUCUUACUGGAUCGACUAUGCUUGUCUCCGCCAUAUUCCAACAGGUGACACCCAAUGGCGUGUACCCUUGGGUAUCCAAAUCGCCCCUGGUUUCAUUUUGGGAGUGGGUAUGGUCUUUUUACCUGAGUCUCUACGUUGGCUUGCUCUGAAGGGACGCGCGGAAGAUGUCAAAAAGAAUUUAUUGCGCCUUAGAGAUUUACCAGAAGAUCAUCCUUCGAUCACUGAAGAAUUAUGCGAAAUCAAUGUGGCCGCUGAAUUCGAAAGAGAAUCAAAAUCGGGCAAAUGGACCGAACUGUUUCAACGUUCAAAUUUGCAUCGACUUUUCAUUGGUAUAAUGCUGCAAAUCUUCCAACAGUGGACUGGUACAAAUGCUAUUAAUUAUUAUGCUCCUGAAAUUUUCAGAUCAGCUGGUCUUGACAGUAACGAAGUUGAAAUUCUUGCAACUGGUGUCUACGGCAUUGUCAAGGUAGCUUUUGUCUUUAUCUCUUUCUUCAUGGUGGAUACAAAGCUAGGUCGCAGAAAGACCCUCAUGAUUGGUUCUGCCGUGAUGAUGAUCGCAUUUUAUAUUCUGGGUGGUAUGAUUUUGGGUAUCCAACGUGAUAAUGGUGGUGGUGGUUUUGCCGCUGCUAGGGCUAAGAUUGAUGCCAAGGGAUAUGUUGCUAUGGUCAUGAUUUACGUUUUUGCUGUCGGUUAUGAAUUCUCUUGGGGCCCUAUUGUUUGGAUUGUCUGUUCUGAAAUAUAUCCUACAAGAAUUCGUGCUAUGGCACUAUCUCUGACGACAGCCUUUAACUGGGCUAUGAACGCUACUAUUGCUAAAGUGACACCUAUCAUGAUGACCAACAUUACUUAUGGCACUUAUUUUUUCUUUGGUUCCUGCGCCGUAGUUAUGGGCGUUUUUGCCUUUGUAUUUUUGCCCGAGACUCGUGGACGAUCUCUGGAAGAAAUGGAUGCACUAUUCAAUUCAGGUAUGAUUCUGACAUAUAAGGAUACUUACAAGGUCGACAAAGAACAAAUCAAGCGGGACGAAGAAGCUGGAAUCUUUAAAGACUAA